AUGGCACAGAAAAGUACCUUGCCCUGCUCCAUUCGUCCAUACAGGCCCACAGAUAAGGCAUCUGUGGUCUCACUGAUUCGUUUCGGGGUGAUGGAGCAUGUUUAUCCUGCCUUCUUCAAAGCCAUGAGCCAUCCGGACCACGUUGGUGUGGCCCUCAGCAUCUGUAUGGCAGGCUACGUGCUGGGUGGUAGCUCUUACUUCCAGGCAGUGCUGUUUGGUGGCGCCUGGGCAGGCAUGGUGUACUACUGCUGCAACGAGAUCUACCUGGGCUACCUCAACAGGAAGUUGGCUGGAGAAAUGGACGACGUGCAAGCUCACUUCCUGGACAACCCUAGCAACAACUUCUGGGUGGCAGAGAUGGACGUUAACGGGACGUCGAAGAUCGCCGGGGUGGUGGCCGUGCUGGCCCAUAAGGGAGGGGACGAUGCUGACGGCAGGAGGAGCAACAGCUGGAACGGAAGCACCGUGGCGAGUGACGAAGGGGACGGAAGUUACGGGGAGGUGUUCCAGCUGGUGGUCUCCUUCCAACUGCGACGUAAAGGUCUCGGUUCCCAGCUGCUUCAGACUGCUAUCGACUUCUGUAAAGAGCAAGGCCUGUCUAGCGUGGUCCUGGAGACCAGCUCUAUUCAGGCUGCUGCGCUUGCCCUCUCCAAGAAGACGGGGUUCGUCCAGGCCUCCAGCCACAGCAGUACGCAUUCAAACCGCUGGAUUGCUAAACUAGCCCGCAUCAAUGUGUUGCGCAUGGAGAAGGUCAUCUGA